AUGAAGCAAGAAAAGUGUUCCUUCUCAGGAAUAUUGCUUCCAUUUUGUUCCUCUAUCUCCGACUCAAAAACCGACAACUGUUUUCAUGUUUUCAAUAUUUUCCCUUAUUUUAUUGUGACGUUACUUCUUUCUUUCUUUCUUUCUUUCUUUAGUUUCUCUAUUUUCAUUGGUUCUUUUUUAUCCUUUUCUUUUUGUUGUUUUAUUUCUGCACAUAAUUUCCCAUUACAUUCUUCCUCUUCUUACAUUUCAUUCAUCACACGUUAUAUUUUCCGUCAUAUUUUAUUCUUUUUUCUUUUCUCCAAAAGUUUUUUUGAGUUUUCUGUAAACGUUGUUAUAUUUUUCUUUCAUUCGUUAAUAUUUUUUAGUCUCUGCUUUCUUUACUUUAUUUCCUUCUUUCUUUUUUCUUGUUUUUUCUCUCUUUCUCCCUAUCUAUCUUUCUUCAUCUUUGUUUCUUUUCUCAUUUUUAUUGCUUUUUCUUUUCCUAUCCAUCGUAUUCUUUGUCUUUCUUUCUUUUCUUAA